UAUGUAAUUGCCACUCGCAGUCAUCGUCGAAGCAUUACGGUCCUUUCAUCCGCAAAUAUGGCGUCCGAUAGCCAUCGUAGAGCUUCACAAGAAGCCAAACAUUUAGACCUCGAGGUGAAUGAAGACGGGGAUAUGCUCGGCGCGUCCCCCUUCACUGUCCUAGUCCUUUCAUGCAAUUGCAUUGGACGUUGGGGCUUUGGUACUGCUACACGAUUUGCUGCUCGCUUCCCAUCAGUCCACAAGAGAUACUGGCAGCACUGCAAUCCUGUAUUGAGUGACGACAAAUCAGCAUGGAUUGCCGGACCCGACAGCCACAAGCUUCUCGGCACCGCUCUCCUUAUACCGCCCAACGACGAGUGCGAAUACUGGAUCGCCUGCUUGUUUACCAGCAUAUACUACAAGCUAGAACAAAGAGAUCCCGACGAAAUGAUCCUGGUGAACACAGCGAAGGCCAUGAUGGAUAUGUUGCAGCAGAUUUGCGCGAUCGAGUUGCGUAAUCUGAAAGGGGGCCCAACAGGGCUUGGAGGCGUUGCAGAAGAAGUGAAGUUGCCGACGAUUGGGGAGCUGGUAACCAAUAAGAUCAGCUCAAUUGGCUUUGAAGUAGCCUGGGACAAGACAGAAGCGGUGCUGAAGGGUUUGACACUGAAACAGGGUAUGCGCAAGGUUUUGCAUGUCUACACGAAGAAAUUCGACGAUGAAGAGGUCCCUAAGAUAGAUGGGCUUGAUCCAGAAAGGCACUUCUACAACAAGAAAGUUGUCCAAACUCCGAAAGGUCUAAACUGACUUAUAUUCGAGACACACGAUGCACGAUUUGCUAGGUCCAGGAACCAACAUGAUAGCCAUGCUUUGAAUGUUACGAAUUCCAUUUAGGGCUUGAGAAUGUUUUCAUAUAGCAGGAACGACUGGAGCCUUGCCUGAGAGCUGAGACUAUAUUGAAAAGGGAUAUGAACAUUUCGACGUGGCCUAGCACUUUUAGAACAGUUUUGAUCAUGUAGUCUGAAAUAGAGCCAUUCCCUUGAAAUUAAUGCCGA